AGUGGCAACUGAUCGCUCGGUUCGCUCAAAUUCCCAAUUUCAAUUGGAAAAGCAAAGCGGAAGUAUGUGCCACUGAGAAGGAACCUUUUGGAGUCCGGGACAAACGGACAAGAAGGACACACGCCAGAACCAUUAGUGUUCCUCCUCGUUUUGACAUUGACAGUUCCUCAGUGGCAAAAGCACAGCACCAAGAAGACAAUCUGCAACCACAGGUCACAACAGAAGAUCGACUUUGAACCUGUUUGUUUAAGUAUGUUGUAAACAUACUUUACAACUCCAUAUCUAUUGGGUCCCGACUGGAAGAAAGACGUUACAGUUACGCCGCAGCGUUUGGACAACACCGGACGCGGACGACAGAGACAUCGAACUUUUACCCCGCUGCUGGUACCAUAAAACGCAUUCGGCUAAAAUUGUUGUAUUUUUUUUUUUGGGGGGGGGCUUUUAUGGACAGUUGCUGUGCACAAGUAUGAUGUCGUGGAUUAGACCGAUACAAUAUUAAAGAUUCGGUCCUCUAUCCCCCCCCCCUCCCUUACCCCGUGGGGGGAACAAGACGUAUCCAGAGGGAGAGGGUAGCUUGAGACACCACGGCGACCUGUGCCACCUUACCACUCCGCGUCGGAGUGCCCGGCCCGGCCGGUCUGGGUGGGAUGCGUCGCUCCGUGCUUGUGGGCCUCUUCAUGGGGUGCACCCUGCUGCUCGCACCUGUAACGGAGGGCUGUGGGCCGGGGAGGGGAUAUGGCAAGAGACGUCCGCCGAAGAAGCUCACACCCCUCUCUUAUAAGCAGUUCAGCCCAAACGUUGCCGAGAAAACACUGGGCGCCAGUGGCAGACAUGAAGGCAAAAUAACGAGAAAUUCAGAACGAUUCAAAGAGCUCACUCCCAACUAUAACCCUGAUAUUAUAUUUAAAGAUGAGGAGAAUACGGCUGCCGAUCGACUUAUGACCCAGCGUUGUAAAGACAAGCUGAACUCCUUGGCCAUCUCUGUGAUGAACAUGUGGCCUGGGGUGACGCUGAGAGUGACAGAAGGAUGGGACGAGGACGGGCACCACUCAGAGGACUCCCUCCAUUAUGAGGGAAGAGCGGUGGACAUCACCACGUCUGACCGGGACAGGAACAAGUAUGCCAUGCUGGCUCGCCUGGCUGUGGAGGCUGGCUUCGACUGGGUCUAUUACGAGUCCAAGGCCCACGUGCACUGCAGUGUCAAAUCAGAGCACUCAGUAGCAGCUAAGACCGGAGGUUGUUUCCCGGGUCGUUCCCUGGUGACGCUGGAAGACGGGAGCAGCAGGGCGGUUCAGGACCUCCAGCCGGGUGACCGUGUCCUGUCCUCCUCGGGGGUUGAUGAGAGCGGAGGAGACCUCGUCUACAGUGAGUUCCUGACCUUCCUGGACCACGAGCCUGCAGCCAAGAAACAGUUCUACGUGUUGGGAACAGAGAUGGGAGCGAACCUGACCCUCACCGCGGCUCAUCUUGUGUUCGUGACCGAGGGUAACUGUUCAGUGGGCGGAUCGUCCAAUGGGGUUGUCACGCGGACUAUGUACGCCAGCGACGUACGGCCAGGACAGUGUGUGCUGACCGCAGGUGGAGACAAGGGACCACAAGCCCACCUCUCCCCAGUCGCCUGGACCCACAUCCAGGUGGACACCGGGGCCUUCGCCCCUCUGACACGCCACGGCUCACUGGUGGUGGAUGGCGUUUUAGCCUCGUGCUACGCUGCUAUGGACCAGCACCACCUAGCGCACUGGGCAUUUGGUCCACUCCGCCUGCUGUACAGCUGGACUGGGCUAGGGACUAUACAAGGAGACGGACUACACUGGUACUCACGGGUCCUGUAUUGGAUAGGAACCUUCCUACUGGACCCUGGACACUUCCACCCCUGGGGGGUGGUCACAAAUGAUGUGGAGAGAUAGAGAGUGAGAACAGAGAGACAGGGUAGAGAACAGAGAGAACAGGGUAGAGAACAGAGAGAACAGAGAGACGGUAGAGAACAGAGAGAACAGGGUAGAGAACAGAGAGAACAGAGAGACAGGGUAGAGAACAGAGAGAACAGGGUAGAGAACAGAGAGAACAGAGAGACAGGGUAGAGAACAGAGAGACAGGGUAGAGAGAACAGAGAGACAGGGUAGAGAACAGAGAGAACAGGGUAGAGAGAACAGAGAGAACAGAGAGACAGGGUAGAGAACAGAGAGACAGGGUAGAGAACAGAGAGAACAGAGAGACAGGGUAGAGAACAGAGAGACAGAGUAGAGAACAGAGAGAACAGAGAGACAGGGCAGAGACCAGAGAGAACAGAGAGAACAGAGAGACAGGGUAGAGAACAGAGAGAACAGAGAGACAGGGUAGAGACCAGAGAGAACAGAGAGACAGGGUAGAGAACAGAGAGACAGAGUAGAGAACAGAGAGAACAGAGAGACAGGGCAGAGACCAGAGAGAACAGAGAGAACAGAGAGAACAGAGAGACAGGGUAGAGAACAGAGAGAACAGAGAGACAGGGUAGAGACCAGAGAGAACAGAGAGACAGGGUAGAGAACAGAGAGAAGAGAACAGAGAGAACAGAGAGACAGGGUAGAGAACAGAGAGAGUGAAUACAAGUCUGUGUAUAUAAAGGUGUAAUAAAAGUUGUGGAAGCCCGUAACAGAUUACUGUAGCAGCUUCCUGACACUUUUCACAGUUAUGCAUUACAGCCCAGGGAGAAACUUUAGACUCAAUCAUCCUUAUUGAAUUGAAGCCUUUCCAACCAUAUGCCUUCCUUUUCUCAGGACCACAUUAGUCCUAGACACACAACACUGAUAUAUGAACACAUACACACUAGUCCUAGACACACAACACUGAAAUAUGAACACAUACACACUAGUCCUAGACACACAACACUGAAAUAUGAACACAUACACACUAGUCCUAGACACACAACACUGAAAUAUGAACACAUACACUGUAUGAAUACAUACAGACACUACAUACACACACUGCAUACAGACACUACAUACAGACACUACAUACAGACACUACAUACAGACACUACAUACACACACUACAUACACACACUGCAUACGGAGGGAAGGAGGAGUGGAGGGAAGGAGGAGCGACAGAGGGGAAGGAAUUCAGGAGCAUUCCAGAAGUUCUGUUUUCUAAUCACAAAUUCAUUCAUUCAUUUUCAGAGAAAGAUAUGUUUACCUAGCUAGCACAGAACCCAUUCGUGUUAACCUAGCUAGCACAGAACACAUUGGUAUUUACCUAGCUAGCACAGAACCCAUUCGUGUUUACCUAGCUAGCACAGAACCCAUUGGUGUUUACCUAGCUAGUACAGAACCCAUUGGUGUUUACCUAGCUAGUACAGAACCCAUUGGUGUUUACCUAGCUAGCACAGAACCCAUUCGUGUUAACCUAGCUAGCACAGAACACAUUGGUGUUUACCUAGCUAGCACAGAACCUAUUGGUGUUAACCUAGCUAGCACAGAACACAUGGGUGUUUAUCUAGCUAGCACAGAACCCAUUAGUGUUUACCUAGCUAGUACAGAACCCAUUGGUGUUUACCUAGCUAGUACAGAACACAUUGGUGUUUACCUAGCUAGCACAGAACCCAUUGGUGUUUACCUAGCUAGCACAGAACCCAUUGGUGUUUACCUAGCUAGUACAGAACCUAUUGGUGUUUACCUAGCUAACACAGCACCCAUUGGUGUUUACCUAGCUAGUACAGAACCUAUUGGUGUUUACCUAGCUAGCACAGAACCCAUUGGUGUUUACCUAGCUAGCGCAGAACCCAUUGGUGUUUAUCUAGCUAGCACAGAACACAUUGGUGUUUAUCUAGCUAGCACAGAACACACCGGUGUUUACCUAGCUAGCACAGAACCCAUUGGUGUUUACCUAGCUAGCACAGAACCCAUUGGUGUUUAUCUAGCUAGCACAGAACACACCGGUGUUUACCUAGCUAGCACAGAACCCAUUGGUGUUUACCUAGCUAGCACAGAACCCAUUGGUGUUUACCUAGCUAGCACAGAACCCAUUGGUGUUUACCUAGCUAGCACAGAACCCAUUGGUGUUUACCUAGCUAGCACAGAACCCAUUGGUGUUUACCUAGCUAGCGCAGAACCCAUUGGUGUUUAUCUAGCUAGCACAGAACACAUUGGUGUUUAUCUAGCUAGCACAGAACACACCGGUGUUUACCUAGCUAGUACAGAACACAUUGGUGUUAACCUAGCUAGCACAGAACACAUUGGUGUUAACCUAGCUAGCACAUAUUGUUGUUUACAGGUGUUCAAAGCUCAUGUAUAUGAUAUGUCUGGCAGUGUGUCUGCAUUAUUCGGUCUACGUUCAGCAAUCUGUCCAGGUAUAUCUGUAGUCACAGGUCUUCAUGUGUUCGUGUGACUUAACUUUGUGUUUCACAGUUAAAUUGUCUAUUUAAUAUUAUCUUCGUGAAAUCUAAUGAAUUAUUUUCAUUGUGCUGAAAAUAUGUCAGAUGUAUUUUGUUAUAUUAUGUUGUGAGAAACUAUUUAAAGAUCUAUUUUUUAAA